AACCAUGUUUUUAUGACCUCAGAUGCAGAUGUUUAUUCUGUUUGAGCAUGCUGCUGGAUAUGCACUGUUCCAUGUCAAGGAGUUUGAGGAAGUUGGGAUGCAGUUGCAGCAGGUGGAAGAGAGUGUGAAUGAUUUAAGCAAGUUUCAAGCUGCUGUAAAAGUUGUCGGCUUCACUCCAUUCAAGAAUGCACAGAAUGCCCUGGAUAACAUCAACUCCAUCUCCGAAGGACUUAUGCACGAAGACUUGGGAGUCUUCUUGGAGAACAAUCUCCCCAAGAGCAGUGGAAAGAACAAGUUUGUUCUUGGUGUGAGUGAUCCAAAGCUGUGUGCUGCUAUCACAGAAGCCCUGAAUAUCCAAUGUCAACACAUUGGUGUUGUUCCAGAAAUAGUACGAGUCCAAUAUGCUGGUGUUGCAGGUGUACGGACUCAUUUUGAGAAGUUGGUGAAGGGAUUUGCUGGAACAACAUCAGGGAAAGCUCAGUUGGGUCUUGGCCAUUCAUAUUCUCGUGCAAAGGUCAAGUUCAAUGUUAAUAGAGUUGACAACAUGAUAAUCCAAUCGAUUGCUCUUCUGGAUCAAUUGGACAAAGACAUCAAUACAUUUGCCAUGAGGAUCAGGGAGUGGUAUUCUUAUCAUUUCCCGGAGCUCAUCAAGAUUGUCCCAGACAACUUCACUUAUGCAAAGGCUGCCAAGUAUGUUGGGAACAGAAAGGAAAUGCUUUUGAGGCCAGAUGCCUUACAAUACUUGGAAGAGCUCUUGAUGGACUCAGCAAAGGCACAGGCUGUCAUUGAUGCUGCUUGUUCCUCCAUGGGAAUGGACAUAUCUCCUGUGGACCUGAUAAACAUUGAGCGCUUUGCAUCUCGAGUUGUAGCUCUUGCUGAAUAUCGGAGGUCACUGCAGGACUAUUUGCGUGAGAAAAUGCAUGCAGUUGCACCAAAUCUGUCUGCACUGAUUGGAGAAGUGGUUGGUGCUCGUCUGAUCUCUCAUGCUGGGUCCCUUACAAACUUGGCCAAGUAUCCAGCAUCCACUGUUCAGAUCCUUGGAGCUGAGAAGGCUCUGUUC